CAUCGACAACCCGCGAAAAUGGCUCCCCGGUCGUACUCCAAGACUUACCACGUCCCUCGACGCCCGUUUGAGUCUGCUCGUCUGGACACGGAGCUGAAGCUCGUCGGCGAAUAUGGCCUCCGCAACAAGCGCGAGGUGUGGCGCGUGCAAUUGACGCUGUCCAAGAUCCGUCGUGCUGCCCGUCAACUUCUCACGCUCGAAGAGAAGGACCCCAAGCGUCUCUUCGAGGGCAAUGCGCUCAUUCGCCGUCUCGUCCGCGUCGGUGUGCUCGACGAGACCCGCAUGAAGCUCGAUUACGUGCUGGCUCUGAAGAUUGAGGAUUUCUUGGAGCGCCGUCUCCAGACCUGCGUCUACAAGCUCGGUCUAGCCAAGAGCAUCCAUCACGCCCGUGUCCUCAUCCGCCAGAGACAUAUCCGUGUCGGCAAGCAGAUCGUCAACGUCCCCUCUUUCGUCGUCCGUCUCGACUCCGAGAAGCACAUCGACUUCGCGCUCACCUCGCCGUUCGGUGGUGGACGCCCCGGUCGUGUCAGGAGGAAGAAGGCCAAGGCAGCGGAGAAGAAGGAUGAUGAUGAAGGCGAGGAGGAUGAGGAGUAGAUGCUCCAUACAGGUGCAAUGUCGUGGGAUGAACGAUGAAGCUGGCGUGCUUGGGCAUGGUCUCUACGGUUCACAAAAUUCAAAACUUCAGAUGUCAUUCCGUGUCAAAGUAAGGCUGCAUGACCCGCUGGAAAGAUAAUCAGUGGAUUUAGCUGCAGUGCUUGGAGAUAGGUUCACCUAGCUGCCAGCAUGUUGACAAUUCCUCCACUUUCAUGUCUUGAGCCUCGAUUAACAGUGUGUGCCGUGCUAAGUCGAAAUGCCACAACCACGUGCUUCAAUCUAUGUUCAAACAUCCCUAUAUAAUCAUCCU